AUGGAAUUCAUCAAUCAAUUAUCCUUAAAACAGAACACUACAAAUUCACUCAAUGUAUUCAAUAAUAAUCAAUCAAUCAAUGUAAAAGUUCAAAGAAAAUGGACUAUGAAAUCUUUGUUAAAAAAAUCUAAACCAAAAUCUGAAUGGGAUAAAUAUGCAAUAAUUGAUCGAUCGAACUGGUUCAAAUCACAAAACGCUAAUAGUCCAAGUCCUACACGUUAUGAUAUCAAACGACUAGUUGUCGUACGUCCGAUUUCUUAUGGUUUCAAGAAUACUGGUCGAAUAAGACAAUGCUCAACAUUUACUAAUGAUGGUUUAUGGUUACUUCCCGGUGCCUAUAACGUUAAUGAAGAAGAUAAAAAAUUAAAUCAAUGUCAUAGAACAUAUUCAUUUAAAAAUAUACCGAGAAAGUUUAAUGAUUUAUUAUUUGGUUUACAAGAUAAGAAUUUGUGUUUAGCUCCCGGCCAGUAUAACCCUUAUGGUGAAGAGCAGAUUAAAAACACACAAUUGCCUUCAUAUCACAGUGUAUUUAAAUCAAAAUACCCCAGAUCUGUUUCAAGUCAAAAGCAAGAUAAUGUGCCUCCACCAGGUGCUUACAAUUUGUCAUUUAAUGAAACAUUUGGAAUAAUCUCUCCAUUUGUAUCACAGGUACCCAGAUUUAAACGUUCAAAAUCGUUUGUCCCAGGUCCUGGUACGUAUAAUAUCAAUUGAGUAACA